AUGAAGCGUCUCAAUAACACCAGUAUAUGCUGUGUAAAACUAAUUUGCAAAAUCCUAAGCGUUAUCUCUUUCAGGUGCGACAACUGAAUCCCCCUUCAUUUUCUUCCAUCCUGUGAUGUCGCGAAAUUAUGAAGCAGCCAUUUGCAAGAAACUCCGAAACCUUCAAAAUACACAGGGUUCAAUCCAGAAGACUUCGCGUGCUCUUCUUAAAAACAAACACCUUGCAAAGGAUAUAGUGAAACUAUGGUUUAAAGAAUUUCGCGCAGGUAAAAACUCUAUUGUGUGCUUAUCUAUCUGUUUAUCUUAGCGCCUGACGGCCAAAAAUUGGCCUUCCUGCAUCUUGCCAAUGACAUUAUACAAAACGGACUGACUUCAGCGCCCCAAUUCGCCAAACUCUUUGAACCGGUCCUCAGCCCGGCUUUUCGUGAGACCGCCAGGUAAGUGCUUUCCUGCACACCAUUGGUGUGGUCACUGUCGAUCAUGUUGGUGCAAGCUGUCCCUUUCUAACUUCAUGUCAUUGCUCAUCUUUUUAAGACUCCCAUCCAAUGGCAUACGUUCUGCAAUCGCCCAUCUAUUGAUUGUAUGGGCAGAUAGGCAGGUAUACCCGCGCGCUUUCCUUCGACAGUUGCGCUCUAUUUGCCAGGCAUCUGCCGCUCAAGCUGACAGUACCCUGGACCCGGUAAGACCCGCUCGCCCUCCUGCUACGUUAUUAUUCUGA